GGUAACUCAUAUCAGUCAGUUUGAAAACCGCGUCCAUAAACAGAUAGUCUCGUAACUUGUCUUCCAACAGUGUUCAUUAAAAUUGUCUUCCCUCUUAUUUUUAUUUUGAUAAAUUUCAUUCCAAAAUUUUGGCAAAUGAGAUCAAACAAAUAACAAUUUUUCGCGAUAUUUAUAAUAAUAUAAAAUCUUGUUUAUCAUCGUUAUCAAUAUGAAAAGGUCAAAGAUUUGGCUAACAGCAACUAGUGUUUUCGCAAAUUUUGACAUUAACGGGGACGGUGUCAUAGAUGAAAAUGAAUUUCUUCUCUUAUGCAAAGAACUUUUCGAAGAAGAAGUUGACGAUAAUGAAUGGAGAGUUAAAGAAAUUUUUAAAAAGUUUCAUACGAAUGAAGAAAGUGGUUUGAAAGGAAAUGAAUGGGAAAGAUGCUAUAAAGAAUGGAUACAACCAAUUGUAGAACCUGUAAACGUAUUAGUGGUAGUUGAUGUACAAAACGAUUUUAUUCACGGAUCAUUAUCAUUGCGUAAUUGUAAGAGUAAGCAUGAUGGUUACCAGGUAAUAAAACCAAUCAAUCGUUUAUUGAAAACAAUUGAUUGGAACGAAAUUGUUUACACAUUGGAUUAUCAUCCUGAAGAUCAUAUCAGUUUUUACGAAAAUCUUCAUUUACGAGAACUUCAUCCAACGUCUCAAAUUAAAAAAGAAGAAGCUGUAUUAUACGAUAAAGUAAUAUUUAUGCAACCACACGUAGAACAAACAUUAUGGCCGAAACAUUGUGUAAUGGGCACAUGGGGAUCAGAAUUACAUCAAGAUUUAUAUAUAUCACCUCUUUCGAUACAAAUAUGCAAAGGUCAAAAUCCAAAUGUAGAAGCUUAUUCAAUCUUCACGAGAGAUGAUGAAGAAACGUGUUCGGAAAUGGAAAAGGCUUUGUCAAAAUUCAAAGCAACCGAUUUGUACGUUUGUGGAUUGGCUUUGGAUGUUUGCGUUAAGGAAACUUGUCUCGAUGCAUUGAAACUUGGAUAUAAGGUUGUCCUGUUAGAGGAUUGUUGUCGUGGCAUCGAUAACGAUCAAAUAAAAAAAGCUACAAAUCUUAUCGCCGAAAAUGGCGGUUUAAUUAUUACAAGCGAUGAAGUUCAUUCUCUCGUCAAACAAUCGAAACGAAGUUUAAUACUUGCUCAUCAUGCUGCGAAUAAACUUCACGAGAAAAUUUCUUCUAAAAUCCCUUCCAAUUGAGAUGAUAAAAAUGCAUCAAUGUGUAGAUGUGAUUAUCUAAUUAGUACAAAGAAAACAUCCGGUAUUAAUAGGUUAGUCUUCUUCUUAUUUUUUUUUCUUUUUAUUAGGUCCUGUUAUAAUAGCUUUUUUAUUCUUAUUUCUUUUUUAUUGCUAUAUUUAAAAAAAAAACAAAACAAAAAAGAUAGUAUUAAAUAUAUUUAUUCAACAAAGAUUGUCAAACGAAUCUUUUUGCUGUAAGAUUAAUCUGCAUUAUUUAUUAGCAUUUGACUAUCGUACACGAGUAACUUCGCAAAAAAUUGCAUAAUGCAAAUUUAUUCAUAUUAUUAGCAUAAUGUGUCUCUUUAUUAUUCUGAAAUCGUAAUGGUAAAUAUAAAUUUUAUAUAAUAGGAAUAAAAUUUAUAAAUAAAUCCGGGGGUUUGUACAUAGGACGUACAAAAAAACGAACAGCGAAACAGUUUCGAUCUACUGCACUUUUCAAAAAUGCAUUCGUAUAACUAUAGUAAAUAUCGAUAAAUAAUAAAUACGAAAUCAAUAAUACUAAAACACAAUUUCCAAAUAUAUAAUACAUAAUAGAUAAAUAAUUACAUAAUCCUAGAAAAAAAAAACACAAAAAAUCCUUGAAUUUAAGGAAUAUUAUCGGAUAAUAUUCGUGCAGUUCUUUCAAUUUUAUUCGCCGAUUCGUCAUCGGUGGUCAAUUCGCAAAUGAAUUUUUGUCUCGACGCGCAUUCCUCCCCCUUGUAAGAAUAAAUUUUCGACGACAUAUCGUAAGAUAAUUUCAAACACCUGAAAUAAAAUAGAAUAUUUAAAAUAUAUUCGUUUUACGAAAGAUCAGAAGUUAUACAUAAAAGGUGUACAACAAA